AUGGAGUUCAUUGUUGGAACGGCCCUCGCCGGCAUCCCUAUUGUCCUCGAGGUUUAUGAUCGCUACUGGCAACUCUCAGAAGGCCUGAACACCUUCAGGCAUUCUUCAAGGGAGCUGACUAAGUUGGACACAAUCAUGAAGACGCAGAAGACUCUCUUCAGAGCGAACGUCAUCAAGUUGCUGACAUCAAUCACGAAUGAUCGUGAAAAGGCUCGGAAUCUGCUCUCUGAUAGCCACAGUGAGAAUCUGCAGAGGCUAAAGCUUCCGACCAUUGUUGACAGGGCUCGUAUUGAAUCACUGCAAGAGAUGUUCGGCAGUUGGAAUGACACACUAGAGCUUGUCCUUAAUACAGCAACAGCUAUAUGUCUUGAGGUGGAAAGCUUUGGGACAAGCAACACGCCAAAGCGAUUCCGGCUUUGCUGGAAGAAAAAUGAAGUGCAGAAUUCAAUCCAAGAGCUUCGCAGCUUCACGACCGACUUCAACGAAUUAACGAGUCGAAUUACUAGCGAGCUCGAGCAGAUUCGAAGCACCAGCCUCCCAGCCCAGGGAAUCACUAUGGGGCAGAAAAGAAGCCAUUUGAAUGGUCUUGAGAAAUAUCGCCAGAUUCGAUCCGCAUCUUCCAGGCUAUAUAAUGUUUUUGCUCUGCAAUGGUCCUGUGCGGGGCAUCAGAGGCAUGCCGCAAGUAUCUCGCUUAUUGAUAAAAGCAAAUCUAUGAAGUUGGACCAGGUGGAGGAUGGUAUCAAAUUUGAUGUCGCCAUCGAUUGUGGGGCUAAUUCGCCAACGUGUCGAGAGACCACAAUUUGGUUGGAAAUCGAGGUCACCGAUGGAAGCCGCCCAGCUACUCCUCUGUGCAAGACUGAACAUAUUGAUACCAAGCCCGACAAUGCCUGGGCUGAUGUUAUGGAGAAGAUAACCCGGCAUUCUCAGCCAAUGGUCAUCAGGCAGGUUGAAAAGGCUCAUAAGAGAGUUAUUACGAAACUCGUACCAACUAUAACCGAUCAUGUUGGUUCUGUUGCUGUGAUGAACGAUUCUAACGAUAUACCCAACAUACAAAGGACGGCAGAUGACGACCGGGAUGAAGCCACUCAUCCGGCUUCCAGUUCAACCACAACCAACAAUGCCAGCCCUUCCGACUCUAUGAUUGACCUCAAAAUGAUUGAAAAUAUUUGCUGCCACUUCCAAGUCCUAGAACCGACAUGUUCGAGCACCUGUGUCGGCUAUAUCCAGGAUGUUGGACUUCACCUUUUCUAUCUCCCGCCCCCCGAACGUCGCCCGUUAGAGCAGCAAAAGUCCUUGGCAGACAUUAUCGCUUGGACGUCAAAAGACGAGUUGUCCCGCGAUUUACCGAGAACAGCAGUAGCACACAUUGCCAGCUGUCUCGCGGUUGCCGUCCUACAAUACCACUCCACACCUUGGCUUCCUGAUAACUGGCAGAGCACUCAAGUCCACUUUUCCAAAUUUGAAGAACAUUCAGAUAAUACCGAUGAGAUCUCAUCUACGACACCAUACUUCAGGGUCGAAUUCAAGAAGCCGGACGAAGGGCGGUUCGUGACAGCAAUGGCUGCCAGCGCCACUCCCGCCACUUCUAACAGCACUGCAAAUGCUCCUGUAAAUACAUCUAUAGCCCUUGCCCGGAAUGAGCUCCUCUUUUGUUUUGGCAUCGUUCUCCUUGAGCUGGGAUACUGCCAGCUAUGGCCACAACUUCGGCAACGGGUACUUGCAACCCUGCCACCACAAAGAAACACUGACUAUCAUGCCGCUGAAAAGCUUGCCCAGACGCCGCUAUUACGCAAUCGCAUGGGGCCAAGAUUUAUAAAAAUUGUGCGCAAGUGUCUGGGAUGUGAUUUUGGCCUGGGGGAGAAUGAUCUAGCGAACGAGCAGCUUCAGGGUGUGUUCCUGGUGGAUGUGGUUAGGGAGCUACAAGGGAUAGAAAGAGGCUUGAAAGAAUUGGAACUGCACUUAGGGAAAGGGUGA